ACGCGGCCAGCGACGCCGGACCGACAAAACGGUUUUCUAUCAAAGUGGAAGUAGGAACAUGCAUUCCUAACUCUCGUAAGAAAAAAACAGGGCUCAUCCGGAUUGUAACGGAACCGGAAUGGUGUCUGUUCGAAUGUUUGCCAGCCAAAAAGGCAACACAGUGGUCUCUGCGCAAACGCGCCGUCCUAUCGUUUCUUGCCGCACCCGCCGGACCGGUGCUCGGUGAUACGGUGUACGGUCCGAUGGUGUUGACACGCGCCGGAGAAUCACGCCCGAGAUCACGGCCCGCACUAGCAGCACGAUGGAUACCGUUCCGAGUAGUCGCAGUGCCAUCAACGAUCCCAACCAGUGCCGGCUCUGCAUGCGUGUCUGCGAGGACAGCUUCCUCGAGCAUAUCUUCUCCGACAAGGAGUACAGCAUUGCGCACCAGAUAUUCGAGUGUACCUCGAUACGGGUCACGAAGCAGGAUAACUUGACGAAGAUAUGUAAAAAUUGUGCCUCGCUACUCUUUCUCACCACCGAGUUUCGGAAUGCGUGCUUUAAAACCAACCGGCUGCUGAUGGAGGACUUUGUGAUCAUGGAGCUGGGCGAUUGGGCCUCGGACGCGAACCGGUUGCUGCUGCGCGACUGUGAAAGCUUCAUCGUGCGCCAUCGCGAGCAGGUGGACUACGUGUACGCCAGUAUCGUGACCGAUAGCGACCCGUGUCUCGAUGGUACGCUCGAGCUGGACACCGAGCUCUUUGGACCGACGGAACGGGACCCGCCCGCACAGCGCAAUACCGGCGACCGGGAGUUGGUCCGUAGCGGCCCGGAAGCAGUAGAGCCGCUAGUGCCCGAAGAACCCGACCCGGAAAUACUGAUGGAGAUUUCGAAAUUUCUGGAAGAGCAAGUACCGGACCCGGAACCAGCGAACUGCUACGGACACGAGCCCACUGAGACAGGAUGCUUCCUUUGCCGUAGCAUGAGCGAGCAAGGUAGUGCGCUGACGGAAACGCAACUCGAUACCCUUCGGCUGCACAAGCUGACCGUCCCGAGUGGGGCGUUGGUUGGAUGCUUUGUUUGCGAGCACUGCUGUCUGCUGCUGGAUAUCGUGGACAGCUUUCGGCAAAUGUUCGUGAUCGCGCAAAGCACGGUACGGCAGGGUGCGGUUGUGCGCGUGAAACCAUCCAUCGAAGGUUUACCGGGGCAUGCGAAGGCACUGCUGCAGGUGAUGAAACAGAAGCAUGAGGCUUACACGCGACACGAGAGCACGGGCGAACCGGCGACAAUGACGGACAACCGGGAGCCAGCCGAUCCGUCGUCGCCGAUCGAAAAGCGGCCAUCCGAGCGCUCCAGCGAGCCCGGUAAGCGCGCAAAGGUUACGUGUCACAUCUGUGGCAAGCAGUACGACAGCUGGCGACUGCAGACGCAUCUCAACGAGCACGAUAACGUUCGGCCGUACGUGUGCGACCAGGCAGGAUGCACCAGUGCCUUCACCGGGCUCGUCUUUCUCAACCGGCACAAGAAGCUGUGGCACACGGAUUACUACUACGCGGUGUGCGGCGUAUGUGGAAAGCAAUGCAAAACGCAGGGCAUCUACCAGACGCACCUGUCGUACCACGAAGAACCGAAGCUACCCUGUACGAUCUGUGGGAAGCUGAUGCGGAAUAAGCGUGCCAUCUGGAAGCACAUGAAAACGCACAGUAACGAUCGGAAGCACGUGUGUACGGUGUGUAACAAGCGGUUCACGAUCGCCUACACACUGCGCGUGCACAUGCGCAUCCAUACGAACGAGAAACCGUACCCGUGCGGUCAGUGCGACAAACGGUUUCAGUACAAGUGUUUGCUGAAAACGCACCACCGAAAGCACCACGAGGAGGUGCUGCGCAUGGAAUAAAGGUAAUGCUGAUAACAUUAACCGAGGGAAC